GGGAUCAGACACCGAGCAGCAGUUGGCAGGACAGCCGAGCCAGAACGCUCCUGAGGCGGGGACGUGUGGCUUCGUGCUGGUGUCUCCGAAGGAGAGAAGCGGAGCAGCAUCUGGACCAGCGGAGGCCAGAAUGUUCCAGAGUUUGUGAAGAACCUCUGAAGGUCCAGGAACUAGUUUGGAAGUGGAGCGGUUCCGCUGCUGGACGAGGCCGCCCGGAGCCGGACAUGUCCGGACCCGCCGCUGCUGGGACUCCGGCUCUGUGAGCACCAGGAGCUCCGAGCGCAGGAUGAGAAGCGGGGGAGACCAGCAGGACUCGGAGCCGUGAUUUCCAGUUCGUCACCAUGGAGGAGAAGUUCAACCGACUCAUCUUUAUCCCCGUCGCCGCGGUGCUCUUCCUCAUGAUCGGAUACCAGUACGUGUGUCCGGCGGACAGCAACGCCUGCUACUUCAGGACCGACGACCAGGGGCUCUUCCAGCGGCACUCGUCCGGCUUCGAGGCACUUUACCCGGAGCCGGACGGGGACGAGGACCUGCCCUCCAAGAUCACGUCCCGGUUCAACUUCACGGAGCGGGACCUGGACCGGCACGUCGACUUCCACAUCCGCGGGGAGGACGUGAUGGUGUUCCUGCACAUCCAGAAGACCGGCGGGACGACGUUCGGCCGCCACCUGGUCAAGAACAUCCAGCUGGAGCAGCCCUGCGACUGCAUGCCCGGCCAGAGGAAGUGCACCUGCCACCGGCCCGGGAAAGCCGAGUCGUGGCUCUUCUCCCGGUUCUCCACCGGCUGGAGCUGCGGGCUGCACGCGGACUGGACCGAGCUCACGAGCUGUGUGCCGGUGGUGAUGAACAAGAGGGACAAGAAGAGCGCGCCAAAGAGCAAAAGGAACUUCUACUACAUCACGAUGCUACGUGACCCCGUGUCCCGCUACCUCAGCGAGUGGAAGCAUGUGCAACGCGGGGCCACGUGGAAAACCGCCCUCCACAUGUGUGAUGGCCGCCCUCCCACUCAGGACGAGCUUCCCGCCUGCUACAGCGGAGAGGACUGGACGGGCGUGCCGCUGGCCGACUUCAUGAACUGCCCCUCCAACCUCGCCAACAACCGGCAGGUCCGCAUGCUGGCCGACCUCAGCCUGGUGGGCUGCUACAACAUGUCCUCCAUGAGCGAGCUGGAGCGAGGCCGCGUGCUGCUCGCCAGCGCCAAGGCCAACCUGCGCAACAUGGCCUUCUACGGCCUCACGGAGUUCCAGCGCAAGACGCAGUACCUGUUCGAGCGGACGUUCGGCCUGCGCUUCAUCCGGGCCUUCACGCAGAUCAACAGCACCCGCGCCGCCAGCGUGGGAAUCAGCGAGAAGGUGCGGUGGCGCAUCGAGGGGCUCAACGCCCUCGACGUGGAGCUCUACGAGUACGCCAAGGAGCUGUUCCUGCGGCGCUACCAGUACAACCGGCAGCAGCAGCACCAGGAGGAGCGGCUGAGGAGGCGCCAGGAGAGGCAGCACCGGCAGCGCAUGCACAGGACCUACCUGGCCGAGCUGUGGAGGCUGGGAGGAGGAGGAGGAGGGGAGGAGGAAGACGAGGAGAAGGAGGAGAAGAUGGCGGAGGAGGUGGCCACCACUGAGGACUACAGCAGCCAGGUGGUGCGGUGGUGAGGCGGAUGCAGGGACUACGAACACUGACGCUGGUGGAUUCAUUGUGCUUUACUCUCCUCCCGCCGCCUCCUUCUGUCUCUCCUCUGCUGUGAAUCUGCCAAAACCUGCCCUCCCGACCUCAUCGCGCUUCGUCGGACUGCCGGAUGGUGUCUUAAUAUUUAUGAUGGAUGUAUUUGUCAUGGCAACAUAAACAUUUUGUAUUUAUGUUUUUUCUUAUGGCUAUCUUUGGCACUGCAGUCGUGAAAUGUAUUUAUGUAUUCAUUAGCGGACUCUUUGGAAGUUCUCAAAGCGGCGGGAAUGUUUCUUAAAUUCUAAGAAAAGUGAGAGAAGACGGUGAAGAAGAAGAAGCGCAGUGACUGAUUCUGGUGAAGGAUCCUCAGUGUCAUGUUUGUGAUCAGUGAAAUCUCGUAGUUACUCUGUGGUGUUUGGCUUCAUAAGAAUAUCAAAGCACAAACCUGGCAAUAGUCUGCAGUGUGUUUUCUUCUCUCUGACUGAUUUAGCUGCAAUAUACAGAAACAGUCGAGACAAAUCCUCGCAGGAAAUGUGUUCAAUAAAAACAGGCAGCAUCCGGUGAUGUUAAUUUGAACCUGA